UUCCUUACAUAACAUUUCUCUAAACGUUUCAGACAAAACUCAUUAAAAGAAAAAACAACUUUUGCUAGACAUGCAGACAAGCCGGUUACUCUCCCAUUCCUCGAACUCACCGAGCUUCGGUAGUUUCUCCUCCGCCGUAGACCUCGCCGCGAUCGCCGCUCGAGUCGUGGAGGAGUUCAGAGACCAAGAGCAACGACCAGACUCCCACCACGACAACAACAACAACGAUGACAAUAAUUUCGAGUUCGCCUUCGACUGUCCUAACCACAAGUGCUCUCCUCCCAUCGCUACAGCCGACGAGAUUUUCUGUAACGGUCAGAUCCGUCCCUCUAACCCUUACGGUGUUGGAGAAACUCAACCGUCGCCUUCUCCUCCAAGACGACGUCGUCCUGCGCUUAGAAAAUUAAUGAGCGAGGAGCGAGAUCAAACGUCGAAUUCUUCUCCGGAGGAGGAGGAGGAGGCCGGUGAUGAUCUAAACGGAGUUCCACCGGAGAGUUACUGUGUAUGGACGCCAAAACAUUCGACGGACGAAGAUCUCCGACGACUCUCGUCUUCUCCGUCGCACAGCAAAAUCAAAAGCAACUCCGCGGGGUUUUCGAAACGAUGGAAGCUAAGGAAUCUUCUCUACACGAGAAGCAGCAGCGAAGGUAACGACAAGCUCGUGUUUCCGGCGCCGGUUAAGAAGGAAGAUGAAAGUACUAACUCCGACAAGGUUGUGGUCGGAGAGGAGGAAAAGGAAAGUGAAGAGACGAAACGACAGGGGUUUGUGCCGUAUAGGAAGGAUAUGAUUGGGAUAAUAAAAAAUGUUAAUGGGCUUAGUCGUCAUUUACGUCCUUUUUAGAAAAGGUGACGUGGAUCUCGUGAAGGAGAAGGAAACAAAAAUUGGAAGACGUGGACUUUAAAGUGGGCUUCGGUUUCUUUUCUUUUUCUCUCUCAACCUUUUUCUUUUUGGUUUUCUUGGAAAAAUCUUGAGUGUUUGUGAGAAAGAAAGAAAGUGAAUAUUUUUUUGAAUAUUUUUUAAUUAAAAACAACUCUAUGUGUCGGUUUGGAGUAGAUAUAAGCUUUGGUGGUUUUUGAUGAUUAUUUUUUAGAAUGGAUACUAAUGGUUAUUAUUCAUUUUAAUGUAAGAACACAACAUUUUGUAUUCUUCAUUGUCUUAAUGUUGAAUUAUUUCACCUAAUAAAAUGAUGGACGGCUUAUUCAAUGUC